AUGACUACAAAUAAAGUCUCACCAAUAAUUACCAAAGAUACACUUAAAACAAUUUUUGAUAAUAUAUCAGAAAAUGAAUUAUUUGUUUGUUCACUUUGUGCAUGUAUGUGUACAAAUCAAAAUAAACAUCAAUUAGUAUCAACAAAAUGUGGUCAUUUAUUUGGAAAAAAUUGUAUACGAAAAAGAUUAAAAGAAACAGGACAAUGUCCAUUAUGUUUGAAACAAUUAGAAACACGUCGUGAUAAACAAUUACGUACAAUGUGUUUAUCAAGUGUUGUUACAAUAUUUCCAUUUGAAAUCUCUCAAAUGAGAGAUGAACGUAAACAACUACGAAUUCGUUUAAAUGAAAUAAAUAAACGGCUUGAACGAGCAAAACUUAAAUUGAAUAGUAAUAAAAAACGUUUACAAAUAAUUAAUAAGAAAAUACUUAAAAAAUGUAAACAUAUUAAGAAUAUUUAA